UUGUGACAUCACACAGGUCCUUCCUCCUGAUGUGUGCAGGUCCUGUGUGUGUAGGAGAUUACUUAUGAGUCUGUAUUGUCCUCCAUGGGAUAUAACCAGUGUUAUCCGCCAUUACUAAUACACCCCAGUUGUCUCCUCUUCCCCUGAAUGACCCCAAGGAUGGAGAAGGACAGGAAUGAGAUGACUAAGAGAAUAUUACACUUCACCUUGGAGAUCCUCCACCUGCUGACCGGAGAGGAUUAUACCAUAGUGAAGAAGACAUCGGGGGAGUGUGUGGCCCCCAGCAGCCAUCUCCAUGAGUCAGGAGGACAGAGCAGGGCCCGGGGCCCCAUCACGGAGCCUCCACCUCACUCACUGAUACAUGAGGAGAAGAUCCUAGAACUCAUCCACAGGAUCACUGAGCUGCUUACUAGAGAGGUUCCUAUAAGGUGUCAGGAUGUGGCGGUCUAUUUCUCCAUGGAGGAGUGGGAGUAUGUAGAAGGACACAAGGAUCUGUACCAGGACAUUAUGGAGGACCCCCGGACCCUCACAUCACAAGGAAAUUGCAAUAAGAACUGGAGAAACUCCCCAUUACGACUAAAUUGUAAAGUAGAAGAUGAAGAGAUCAUGGAGCGCUCCUCAGCAGAAGGUAAAGAGAUCAUGGAGCGCUCCUCAGGAGAAGAUGGAGAGAUCACGGAGCACUCCUCAGAAGAAGAUGGAGAGAUCAUGGAGCGCUCCUCAGACCUUCUUACCCAUAAUGUCCAUCCAGGACUCUACAGGACAGAUCUAUUGUAUAAUCAUGAGGAACCUUCUCCUGACCAACCACAUAUUGUUACCACAAGGACAGGUCAGGAUGGGAGGACGAUGUUUCAAUGUGAUGAAUGCAAGAUACAGUUCACAAAACUGUCCACGCUUCUUACGCAUAGAAGAAUCCACCCAGGGGAGAAACCAAACUCCUGUUUACUCAAUGAGGAAAGCUGCAGAGAUAAAAGUCAAAUGGGAGAGAAGACAUCUCCAUCCUCGCCUAGCGGGAAAGGCUGCACAGAUACAUCAAAUGUUGAUACACAUGUGAAAAGUAACACAGGAAAGAAGCCAUUUAUAUGUUCAGAAUGUGGGAAAUGUUUUAAAGCCAAAUCAUAUCUUGCUGUACAUGAGAGAAAACACAAAGGAAAGAAGUCAUUUAAAUGUUCAGAAUGUGGGAAAUGUGUUUCAACUAAAUCAGGCUUUAUUAUACAUAAGAGAAUUCACAAAGGAGAGAAGCCAUUUACUUGUUCGGAAUGUGGGAAAUGUUUUACAGAUAAAUCUAGCCUUCUGAAACAUGAGAAAAUUCACACUGGAGAGAAGCCUUAUUCAUGUCCGGAAUGUGGGAAAUGUUUUAUCACCAAAGGCAAAGUUAGGGAUCAUCAGAGAAUUCAUAGAGCAAAGAAGCCAUGUGUGAAAGAGUUCAUGGAGGGUGUAUGGAGAGUUCACUCUGGGGAGAAGCCUUAUUCCUGUUCACAGUGUGGGAAAUGCUUUACAGACAAAUCAAAUCUGGAUAGACACAUGAUAAUUCACACAGGCGAAAGGCCAUGUUAAUGUUCAGAAUGUGGGAAAUGUUGUGGCCUUAAAUCCAGUCUUGGUGAUCAUCACAUAUAGAAGACAUUGGAAGUGUGGGAAUAAAUGUAAAAGAUCAUCAGAGAUUUCAUAAACAAAGAAACCAAAUUCUUGCACAUGGCAGGUUAUUCAGAGAUUGGACAGACGAUAAAAUGAUCUGAGAUCGUCAGGGCCCGGGAUCCAUGGAGAAAAAGGAUCCAAGGAAGAAAAGAUCCUUCACAACCAAAGCAGUCAAGCUCAAGUGUCUUCAUGGUUCUUGCUUCUUAUUAGGCAGAGUUCACACAGGGUUCCGCAGGGUGAACAUAGCCUUAAAGGGGUACUCUGCCCCUAGACAUCUUAUCCCCUAUCUCAGUGUUUCCCAAACAGGGUGCCUCCAGGUGUUGCAAAACUACAAUUCCCAGCAUGCCUGGACAGCCAAAGGCUGUCCAGGCAUGUUGGGAGUUGUAGUUUUGUAACAUCUGGAGGAACCCUGGUUGGGAAACACUGCCCUAUCCAAAGAAUAGGGGUAUAAGAUGUCUGAUUGUGGGGGUCCCACCGCUGGGGACCCCCACAAUCUCCCUGCGGCACUUGGCGUUUGUUUAGAGCUUCGGGUGCAACACCGAAGGCUCGUAACGUCACUGGCCGCAUCGCCAGUCAUCCGGCACAAAGUGAACCAGACAUCUUAUCCCCUAUCCUUCAGAUAGGGGAUAAGAUGUCUACGGGCGGAGUACCCCUUUAAUGUAUUAAUAUCCUGAUCCGCAUCGCGGGAGGAUCCAGAGACAGAAUGGAGAAGUAUAGAUGCUCCAUUUAUCUUAUGUGGUGGUCACAGAACCCCCCCCCCCCCCCCAAGGAGUAUGAGAAGAUCUAAAGACGACAGGACUCCCACGAUAUCUGCUUAAGGUACAAUGAUGUGUAUGGAAAAGGAGCAGAAGGGUCAGAAUCUCUGAUAGAAACCGACAAACUAUAGAAAAAGAAAUAAUAAAAGAAAACAUGAGGCUUAUUCUCAUCUUUCUGUCUCCAUUUUUUGCGCAUCUGACCACUGUCACUUUAUUCAUUAAUAACUCUGAUGCUUUUACUUUUCAUUCUGAUUCUGUAUCAUUGUACUUGUAUCAUUUCUUGGUGAAGAAUUCCAAAAUUUUAUGAAAAAAUUGAAAAAUUUGCAUUUUUCUAACUUUGAAGCUCUCUGCUUAUAAGGAAAACAGACAUCCCAAAUAAAUUACAUAUUGAUUCACUUAUACAGUAUGUCUACUUUAUAUUUCCAUCAUAAAGUUGAGAUGUUUUUACUUUUGGAGACAUCAGAGGCUUCAAAGUUCAGCAGCAAUUUUCAAAUUUUUCACAAAAUUUUCAAAAUCAGAAUUUUUCAGGGACCAGUUCAGGUUUGAAGUGGAUUUGAGGGAUCUUCUUAUUAGAAAUGCCCCACAAAUGACCCCAUUAUAAAAACUGCACCCCCCCAAAGUAUUCAAAAUCACAUUCAGUCAGUGUGUUAACCCUUUAGGUGUUUCACAGGAACAGCAGCAAAGUGAAGGAGAAAAUUCAAAAUCUUCAUUUUUUACACUCGCAUGUUUUUGUAGACUCAGUUUUUGAAUUUUUACAAGAUGUAAUAGGAGGAAAAAUCCCCCCAAAAUUUGUAACCCAAUUUCUCUCGAGUAAGGAAAUACCUCAUGUGUAUGUCAAGUGUUUGGCGGGCACAGUAGAGGGCUCAGAAGGGAAGGAGCGACAAUGGGAUUUUGGAGCGUUUUUUCUGAAAUGGUUUUUGGGGGGUAUGUCACAUUUAGGAAGCCCCUAUGGUGCCAGAACAGCAAAAAAAAAAAA